GCCCCGCCGCCCGCCGGCGCCGCCGUCGCCUGUCCCAGCCAUGCGGAGGCUCAUCCUUCUCCUCUGCGCCGGCGUCACCUGCUGCAUCGCGGCGGGGGCCGCGCCGCCGGGAGGAGAUGGCACCGCGGCGGAGCUGCUGGCGGAGGGGCGGGAGCGGGUGCCGCUGGCCAAGCCGCAGGUGAAGUUCCGCCUGCGCUCCACGCGUGACUCCGAGGAGGACGGCUGCCCGCUCGCCAUCGGCCAGCGACAGCGCCUGGAGGGCUGCGGCUUCAACGUGACAGCGAAAACCUUCCUCAUCAUUCACGGCUGGACGAUGAGUGGCAUGUUCGAAACGUGGUUGGGCAGCCUGGUGUCCGCUCUUCAGGAGCGGGAGAAGGACGCCAAUGUGGUCGUGGUGGAUUGGCUUUCGCUUGCGCACCAGCUCUACACCGAUGCUGUGAACAACACGCGGAUUGUUGGAAGAAGCAUAGCGAGGCUGCUUGACUGGUUACAGGAGAACCCACUCUUCCAGCUUGAGAACGUCCACCUGAUUGGGUACAGCCUGGGUGCCCAUGUUGCUGGCUUUGCUGGUAACCAUGUCCAUGGGACAAUAGGCAGAAUUACAGGCUUGGAUCCAGCUGGUCCUAUGUUCGAAGGAGUGGACCCCAGUAAGCGCCUCUCCCCUGAUGAUGCUAACUUCGUGGAUGUCCUUCACACCUACACGAGGGAAACACUAGGUGUUAGCAUUGGGAUCCAGAUGCCUGUAGGCCAUGUUGACAUCUACCCCAAUGGGGGAGACUUCCAGCCUGGCUGCGGUUUAAGUGAUGUCUUGGGAGCAAUUGCCUAUGGGACAAUUGGUGAAGUUGUUAAAUGUGAACAUGAGCGGUCUGUGCACCUCUUUGUGGACUCUCUUGUGAACCAAGACAAACAGAGCUUCGCGUUUCAAUGUACUGAUUCCAGUCGCUUCAAGAAGGGCAUCUGCCUGAGCUGCCGGAAGAACCGCUGCAACGGCAUCGGCUACAACGCCAGGAAGACACGGAACAAAAAAAACAGCAAGAUGUACCUAAAAACAAGAGCUGACAUGCCAUUCAAAGUCUACCAUUAUCAGAUGAAAAUGCACGUCUUCAGCUACACGAGCUUGGGAGAGGCUGAUCCUACUUUCUCAGUCACCCUUCAUGGCACCAAUGGAGACUCUGAACCUCUCUCUUUAGAAAUGCUUGAUCAAAUUGGCCUAAACGCUACUAACACCUUCCUGGUCUAUACUGAAGAGGACAUGGGUGAACUGCUAAAAAUAAAGCUCACCUGGGAGGGAACAUCUCAGUCGUGGUACGAUCUAUGGAAAGAGCUGAAGAGCUACUGGUAUCGGCCUGCCAAGUCUUCCCAGGAACUGCAUAUCAGGCGUAUACGUGUGAAAUCUGGGGAAACGCAACAGAGGUUUGCUUUCUGUGUGGAGGAUUCCCAGCUAACCAGUAUAACUCCGGGCAAAGAGCUCUGGUUCGUGAAGUGCACAGAGGAAUGGCGAAAAAGAUCCGUCUCAAAUUUGCUCUGAAGACUUCUCUAAAGACUCACAACUGAGCAACCUAGAUGCACAAAGACCACACAGGUGGCAAGAUGCUGUGGCAAAAAUCUGGCUUGGUAGCACUUAAAGCAGCUGGCUCUUCAGGACAAAGCAUCUUGGAUCAGGUGCAAGAAACUGAGGAGCAACUGAUGGACCAUGGUCCUAGUCCUAGAGUAACUAAAACUACAUUCUCCCUUCCCCAAGGAGCCUGGUUUGUGCAUUUAACCUUACCAUGACCUGUUGCACGCUGUGUUUCUUGCCCUGCUCCCAUUAACCAGGACUAUGGACGAGAUCCUCACAGAUCUAGAUCUCAGCAAUGAUCUUCUGGUUUGCCUGCCAGUGGAGUUGAGAAGAUAACCAUGCUAACUGCCCAUCAGGCUGUGGGUGACAGAGCUGCAAGAACAAAUUAGCAUCUACUGUAGGAGUUACCAUGGGUGCGACAGCACUAUGGGCUGUGGGAAGAUGAGACCAGCACAGGUCAGGCAUGUUGGGGUUGUUCCGGGGAGGGGUGGGAAUAAGCACAAUGCCACUUAACUUCAAGUUGUCCUUUGCUUGCCUUAAAAAUAAUCUGUUCUGUGUCUGGCUAAUACUGAAGUCUCACUGUGUUACCUUACAAGAAGGUAUACUCCGUCCUCCCUGGGCCUGGGGCAGAGCACGGUGGAGGUGGCAGGUGGUGGAGAUGGCAGCUUGCUCCCCGGCCAGUGCCUGCAGCGAGGCUGUCCCGUCCCACACGUUGGUCUCAUCAUAAGAGGCAAAAGGCUGCUGCCCUUCCACCAGCUGCAGGGGAGGAGGAAGGCAGUGAACCAUGCUGCCUCAGGAGAGCUCUGCACCAACCCUUUUAACUACUGAGUGCGUUCACCUCUGUUCAGCUGCUGCUGUAGUACCAGUGCGUAAUUAAGGCCUUAUUUACGUGCAAAGAAUUUCACUGAGCCACACAGAUGACACCCUGCCCUCACUGCCUCAUCAUCCCAGGCUGAUUCCUGGUGCCAGGCAAAUUGGCUUUGCCCAGUUUGACAGACUCUACAGCUGUCCCGUUUGCUAUAGCAGAGUGGACCUUGUCAGAGGUGAACUAGAAUUUAUUUAUUUUUUUUUUUGGAAGGAGACUUGGUGUAACAACUCCUAAACUUUUGUCAUGCAGAAAGGCAAUCUCAAAAAAACCAGUGUUGACAGGUGGUGCACUGAGUUCUGAAGACUUAGCAAGUCCUUUUGAGGCCUGCAAUGCUCUCAGCUUUUGUAAAGCUUCAAGCCAACCAAAGCAAGCACAUUUGGAGACUUCGCACCCACCCACCCCCCACCCCCCACCCUCGGUUUUAUGCAAAGGGUUUAAUAACUGAAGCCUUUAGUACAUAUCUGUGACUUGUCACCGUGCCAUACUUAAGAGUGGUUUCAAAGCCCUGUGUGUAUAUUGUGGGUUUUGUAUGACUUAAAAUAUAAUUUAUUUCUUGUAUUGUACAUAUGUAAAGUUUUAAACAUUUUGGGUUUGAGUAACAGUUUUUAUAAGAUUUUAAGACAAAAUAAAGGGCUUCGUAAAAAUCA